GCGCGAGGUCGGGCAGGUAGACAUGAGGAGGUCCAGGACUUCGUCGUCGGGGAGCUCCCUCCCGCCGCUGGACGAGGACGUGACCCCCAUGGAGGAGGAGGACGGGAACGAGCUGCUGGGGUCCCAGUCCCGCCGCUGGCUGGCGGACCUGCUCAGCGGGGACCUGGCGGCGCCGGCCGCGGACGGGGUGACCUUGGGCCGUGACGGGCUGUUCGUGGACUACCAGUUCCCCGUGGGGGAGCUGGAGAUGCAGGCGGGACUGAAGUGGAAGCGACCGAAGGAGCUUUGUUCCUCGCCGCAGUUCAUCAUCGACGGAGCGUCACGGCUGGACAUCGUUCAGGGAAAACUCAGUGACUGCUGGCUGCUGGCUGCCAUAGCGUCCUUGGCGAUGCAUCGAUCUCUGCUGAAGAAGGUGGUUCCUCUUCAUCAGAGCUUUGAGGAGGACUACAACGGCAGCUUCGUCUUCAGGUUCUGGCAGUACGGUCAGUGGGAGGAGGUGAGGAUCGACGACCUGCUGCCCACGGAGAACGACAAGCUGGUCUACCUGAGCUCGCCGGAGAGACGCGAGUUCUGGAGCUCGCUGCUGGAGAAGGCCUACGCCAAGCUGAAAGGAGGCUACAGAGCUCUGGACAUGGGCUUCCCUCAUGAGGCCAUGGUGGACAUGACGGGCGGCGUGACGGAGGUUUUCAGCAUCGCCUCUUUACCCAGAAACCUGCUGGAGUUUCUCGAUUACCUGCUGUCCAAAGGAGCCCUCAUAAACUGUGCCAACUCCCAUGGCGUGACGGAGACCAUGAACGACCUGGGUAUUCUGUUCAGACACGCCUACGCUCUGACUGCGGUGGAGAAGGUGAAGACCACGAAUGGCCCCGUGGACUUGGUGCGGAUUCUCAAUCCCUGGGGUAGAACAGAGUGGAAAGGACCAUGGAGCGACUUAGGAAGUCCAGAGUGGCAGACGGUGAGUUUGGAGGAGCAGAGGCGCCUGGACCGGGUCAGCCGUGAGGAUGGCGAGUUCUGGAUGUCGAUCUCGGACUUCCGGCAGAACUUCGAGGUGAUGGAAGUGUGUCACCUGACCGAGUGUCUGGGCGAGCCGGGCUCCAGUGUGCUGCCGUGGAGCUGCGUGAUGCAUCAUGGGAACUGGGUGCCACGCAUCACAGCGGGAGGAGGUCCUCACCACAGUCUGUUCUGGCAGAACCCUCAGUUCCUCCUGGUUCUGUCGGAGGUGGACAGCAAGCCGCGCCACGCUCAGAAGACCUGCUCUUUUGUCUUGGCUCUGAUGCAGAAACACCAGAGGCGCAGGGGCAUUAGCCUCUCCAUCGGCAUGCACGUUUACCCGACUCGAGCUCAGACCCCAUACCUGACUCCGGACGAGCUCCGCAUGCUCCAGCCGGUCCUCCUCAUCCAGCACUCCUCCCGCCGGGAGGUCGUCCUCCGCGGCUCCCUACCCCCCGGUCGCUACAUCAUCGUCCCCUCCACCCUGGAGCCCAACCAGGAGGGGGCGUUCCUCCUGCGGGUGCUGACGGAGCGGGGAAACGCCGCCACCUUGGCUCGUAAUCCGGCACCAGAUGUCUCCUUGUCAUUAACGGAGCCUUCAGUUCCUCACCAGUCGGCGCUUCCGUCAGUGCAGGCCGUCGGGCAGCUGUUUAAGAAGCACAGCAACAAGAGAGGAUUCUGUAAACCGCUGCACCUCCUAAACCUGCUGACUGAGGCCAUCCAGGGAGGAGUGUUGGCUGGAAGUGAGAAGUACUUGUCGCUGGAGCACUGCAAGAGUCUGGUGGUCCUCAUGGAUAGACAAGGAAUCGCUCAGCUCAACUGGCCGGAGUUUCAGUGUCUGUGGGACAAGAUCAGGAGGUGGACGGACAUAUUUCUGAUGUUUGACAAAAACAAAACAAAACACCUCGAGUAUCAGGAGGUCAAACCUGCUCUGAUGGAAGCGGGCAUCAAGGUGGACGACUUGGUGAUGCAGCUGGUCGGACUGCGAUACACAGAGCCCGACAUGACGGUCAGUUUCCCAGGUUUCCUGUACCUGAUGAUGAAGAUGGAGAGCAUGAUCCAUAAAUUUCAGUCGUACGACAUGAUGGGAAUGGGAACAGUGAACAUCAGCUUCAGACAGUGGCUCCACAUAACCAUGUACAACUGAUGGUGGCGGAUUCUCCAGGAUCUACUUUGUUAUUGUCCUCAACCCCUCCGGUGGUGCAGCGUCUGUGCUGCUGUGUGCUUGUCAGCCGCCAACACCCGGAACAAAAUCUGUCCGUUGUUGCCAAAGGCAUGAGAACAAGGAGCUAACAUGAACGUCGCCGUUUUCUUUUCUUGGAAUGUGAGCACAUGGUCCAACAGUAACGUCUUCAAAAACUUUUCUUUCUUCUUCUCUGUCUGUUUGAACCCAUUAUUCUGUGUUGAGAGGGACACCCGGCCUCAAACUGAAACAAAACCCUGACGAUACCUUCAUGCUUCCUCAUGAAGUACACCCGAUUACAAGCCAGGUUGAUCAAGAACGAGUUAAGAUUCAGUUUCCUGUAAAAGAAAAUUCAAUGUUUUUUUCUCUAAAUCAUUUUGAUUAAUAAAAAUCUUUUUUUUUAAAAAGG